CCGAAUCAAAAGAAUAUCAAGACUUUCAUAAAAUGCAUAUAACAUUGUACUACUGCUUCACCAUCACCAUUUUUUUGCUCCUUAAUAUCUCAAGAAUUGCAGAUGCUGCAACAAGGCAAACCAAGUACCUAAGCCAGGCCAACCAAUUUAUGGAUCCUCAAAAUGCUGCUCGGUCAGCCAACAGAAUCCCACCAUUGGCGUGGGAUGCAAAGUUGGCAAAGUAUGCACAAUGGUACGCAAGCCAAAGGCGGUUCGACUGCGCGUUGAGGCACUCGAACGGGCCUUACGGGGAGAACAUUUUCUGGGGGAGUGGCAUCGAGUGGACGCCAGCUCAGGCAGUGACGGCUUGGGUUUCAGAACGGAAGUCUUACAAUUACUGGGCAAAUUCUUGUGCUACAAGGCAGCAAUGUGGGCAUUAUACACAGAUUGUGUGGAGGUCAACAAGCAAAGUUGGCUGUGCUAGAGUCAAUUGUUUUGGUGGUAGGGGUGUCUUCAUGGUUUGCAACUAUGACCCUCCGGGGAAUUACAUUGGAGAAAGGCCUUACUAAAGUAAUUAAUUUUCCUUAAAUUUUUCAUAAAAAUUGUUUGCUACAUACAUAUGCACUCCUAUACCUUCAUGUGCCUUUGUGGCAAUUGAGUACGCAUCAUUAUGUGUAUUUUUGUUAAUCUAUGUCCCGGAUAACUACUAAAAUUAAUAAAAGGUGCAUGAACUUUGAGGAUGA